UGAGUGCAGGAGAAGAUGGUUAUAGCCAUGGGAGCCAGGAAAAAUCUGAGAAGGAAUGAGCAGCCGAGAGACCUGGCAUUCCUUGGGCAGCUUCAAAGAACAAUGAGGCAUCUGAAUCAGCGCAAGAUGAAAUGAGCACUUGCUGCUGCCAUGUUGGCAGAACAGAGCUGUUCAGAGGCUGUUGGACAGGUUUGUGGCUAAGCCGGUUUAUCCAGUGUUGAAGAUGGGAAGUUACUUGUCUGCCCCAACUUACUUCGCUCCCAAGGAUCCCUUUCGGUGCUCUGAAUGUCAGGAUCCCCUCACUAACUGGUACUAUGAGAAAGACGGGAAGCUUUACUGUCACAAAGACUACUGGGGGAAGUUUGGAGAAUCUUGCCAUGGCUGCUCUCUGCUGAUGACUGGACCUGUGAUGGUGGCAGGCGAAUACAAGUAUCAUCCCGAGUGCUUUGCUUGUAUGAGCUGCAAAGUGAUCAUUGAAGAUGGGGACACUUAUGCACUCGUGCAGCAUUCCAGUCUCUACUGUGGAAAAUGCCAUAACCAGAUUGUGCUGACACCAAUGAUAGAAAAACACUCCACUGAGUCUCUGCGUGAGCAGCUGCCCUAUACACUGACCCUCAUCUCCAUGCCGGCAGCCACUGAUGGCAAGAGAGGAUUCUCCGUGACUGUUGAAGGUGGCUGCUCCAGCUAUGCCACUGGAGUCCAGGUGAAAGAAGUUAACAGGAUGCACAUCAGCCCAGAUGUCCGAAAUGCCAUCCACCCUGCGGAUCGUAUUCUGGAGAUUAAUGGAGCUCCUAUUCGUACAUUACAGGUGGAGGAGGUGGAGGACUUGAUUCGCAAGACUAGCCAAACGCUUCAGCUGCUGAUAGAGCAUGACCCUGUCUCACAGCGCUUAGACAGACUCCGUUUGGACUCCCGGCUUCCCACCCACAUAAAGCCUCCCAUCUCCCCCUGCUCCAUCUCUCCACUGGAAAUCAAGGAGAACUUGGAAGGAACGCUCCGCCGACGCUCCCUCAGGCGAAGUAACAGCAUUUCUAAGUCUCCUGGCCCCAGUUCUCCAAAGGAACCACUCCUUCUGAGCCGUGACAUCAGUCGCUCUGAAUCCCUACGUUCUUCUUCUAGCUGCUCUCAGCAGAUCUUCCGGCCCUGCGACCUGAUUCAUGGCGAAGUACUAGGAAAAGGAUUUUUUGGGCAAGCAAUCAAGGUGACUCACAAAGCAACAGGAAAGGUGAUGGUGAUGAAGGAGCUGAUUCGCUGUGAUGAGGAGACACAGAAGACUUUCUUGACAGAGGUGAAAGUAAUGCGCAGCCUGGAUCACCCCAAUGUGCUGAAGUUCAUCGGAGUACUGUACAAGGACAAGAAGCUGAAUCUCCUCACCGAGUACAUUGAGGGGGGCACUCUGAAGGACUUCCUCCGCAAUGCGGACCCAUUUCCCUGGCAGCAGAAGGUCAGCUUUGCCAAAGGAAUUGCCUCUGGAAUGGCCUACUUGCACUCCAUGUGCAUCAUUCACAGAGACCUGAAUUCACACAAUUGCCUAAUCAAGUUGGAUAAGACGGUGGUGGUGGCUGACUUCGGUCUAUCUCGGCUGAUUGUGGAGGAGAGGAAAAAGCCCACUUUGGAGAAGCCUUCUGCCAAGAAGCGAACCCUGCGCAAGAGUGACAGGAAAAAGCGCUACACAGUGGUUGGGAACCCGUACUGGAUGGCUCCAGAGAUGUUAAAUGGACAGAGCUAUGAUGAGACUGUGGAUAUCUUCUCAUUUGGGAUUGUUCUCUGUGAAAUCAUAGGCCAGGUGUAUGCUGAUCCAGACUGCCUCCCACGCACACUGGAUUUUGGCCUUAAUGUCAAGCUGUUCUGGGAGAAGUUUGUUCCUGCUGCCUGUCCUCCAGCCUUCUUCCCUCUGGCUGCCAUUUGCUGCAGACUGGAACCGGAGAGCAGGCCCACUUUUUCCAAGCUGGAAGAUUGCUUUGAAGCUCUCUCUCUCUUCCUGGGAGAACUGGCCAUUCCCCUCCCAUCUGAGCUGGAGGAGCUGGACCACAACGUGAGCGUGCAGUAUGGACUGAGCCGUGACAAGUUACCUGAAAACACAACCUAGUUAGUCCGUCCUGCUGCUUGCACCACUUCCACGGGAGCUGAGAUGAGUGACAGGGAGGGAGGUGCACUUCAGCCACUUCCAGGGCAUUAAUGGGGCACCAUGCUGUGCGUUUGCUGCAUUGCCUCUCCCCCCCAUCCAACACACUUGCCCCUCCUCUUGGACCUCCUGAUUCACUGUGGAUUUGUGGCCUGUUUCAGAAGAGAAAAGGGCUGUUUCCUGCCAACUGCACCUAGGAAAGCUGCUCAACACUAUUUUUCUGGCUUGAGAAAUGUGAUUCUCUGGCCCUUUCAGGCUUCUUUACUGUGGUGCCUUAGAACUUGGCUGCAAGCUGUGAAGCCAUCCUGGCCUGUCUGCCAGGGAGGGAAUUGCUUUAGGAGACUCCUGGUAAAGACCAACACUUCUGGAACUGCUUCUCCCAGAUUGACUACACUGCUCAGAAAGCUGGGAAAUCAGGCACCCGGCAAAAGGCCCCACCAGGACAGUGUGACUGUGUGUGUGUGUGUGUGUGUGUGUGUGUGUGUGUGUGUGUUUGUGUGUUUGUUUUCCAGAACUGCCUAUUGAGAUUAUGGCCUCUAGCGUGUGUGUCAGGGAGGGAGCGAAAGGUCCCAGGAACUGGGUAGCUCUCCUGAAACAUCUUGUCUGUGGGGAAGUGUGUAUGAAUUUUCUUGUUG